CCGACUAACAUGUGCCAGCUUCCGCAUCGGCGCGAAGGGGAAGAAGAUGGCCCUCAAGGCCCGAGAGAAGAAGAGGGCGAAGAACAGCGGGUCCCGAAAGGGCAAGGAAAAGGUAAUGGAGGAGGAGGAGGAGGAGGAGGAGGAGGAGGAGGAGGAGGAGGAGGAGGAGGAGGAGGAGGAGGAGGAGGAGGAGGAGGAGGGAGGAGGAGGAGGAGGAGGAGGAGGAGGAGGAGGAGGAGGAGGAGGAGGAGGAGGAGGAGGAGGAGGAGGAGGAGGAGGAGGAGGAGGAGGAGGAGGAGGAGGAGGAGGAGGAGGAGGAGGAGGAGGAGGAGGAGGAGGAGGAGGAGGAGGAGGAGGAGGAGGAGGAGGAGGAGGAGGAGGAGGAGGAGGAGGAGGAGGAGGAGGAGGAGGAGGAGGAGGAGGAGGAGGAGGAGGAGGAGGAGGAGGAGGAGGAGGAGGAGGAGGAGGAGGAGGAGGCGGAGGCGGAGUGCGACAGCGAUGGCGGUGGACCUGACGACGGGGCUGUCAAGACGGCCGGGGGGGAAGAUCCAUGGGACUGCAGCGACGGAGAUAGCGGGGAGGAGGAGGAGGAGGAUGACGAUGACGACGAGGCAGAGGAGGAGGAGGACGAGGAGGAGUAGGACGAGGUGGUGGAGGAGGAGGAGGAAUAGGACGAGGCGGAGGACUAGGAGGAGGACUAGGAGGGGAAGGAGGAGGAGAGCACACGGUUGAGCGCGACCAGGAGGAGGACUAUGAUA